UUCCAAGUGAACCUUUGCAUAAAUAAUUAAUGGUUCCAGCGCAUAGGUGUCUAAGAAAUAUUCAACAUAUAUAAAUAUAUAACGCAUUAGUUUACCAUACCUAUGUAUUUGAUGUUAGUGUUCGUGUGUGUCUGUGUGCUUAAAAUGUUAUCUCGUUAAUCCUAUUUACGCAUGUGAAACGAAUAAUUAUCGCACUAUGUCAGAAGCAAACAUUUAAAAGCACAAAAAUAAAAUCAUAUUAAAUUAUAGCCUGAAGCUAGAAAGGAAAAUAAGUGCGCGUGUGUGUGUAUAUGCGAAGCGCGUGUGUAGCUCAGCUCAAUAAUAAAAUAAUAAUAAUAAAAACAAAGCAGUCAACGGCAAAAGCAUACAACCAACACACAAUGAAUAUGGUAGCCGUCAUAGCGCUUUUCAAAUGAAAAGGAUAAUGAAAAUUGAAAAAAGGUGGCGGCGACUCGUGCAACAACGGAAAACAGCGCAAUUUAUGAAACUAAUGCGAACCUAAUUCAAGAGUACGCAGCAGGCCUUUCCAUACGGAAAAUGUUGCGUUUUCUCAAAAACCGUUAGGCACUUGGUCUGAACGUGUGGCACAAUUAUAUAGAAAUCUAGACACAUGCUAUACAAAAUGACGUCACCUGCGAUUGCUUGGUGUAGCUUACGGCGCAUUUUCCUUGUCACAGAAGCACUAUUUAAGUCAACAAAUUAAGCAUUCGUCUAGUUAAUAUACUCAUGAAGGUUUAGUACAGUUAUGCAUAAAUCGUCGUGUUCCUUGCAGUGUAAUCCGUCUUUAUAGUUAAGCUUAGAUAACUGUUUAGCAAAUCUAUUGAAAAGUUGCAAAGUUUUGAAAAUGCUGUGCAAUGCGAGUGACAAAAGGUACAAGGUCGUAUUCUAAUAUAGUGAGAGGCCACGGGGAAACAAAAAACCAAAAAAUAGGAAAAUGUAGUCGGCUCUUAGGCGAUAGUGUGCUCGUGUGUGUGUAACAUAAGCUGGCAAGAGCUGUGCCUGUGUGUGUUUAUUUGACAGCAGCUUGAGAGCAAGAUAAAAGCCAAGAUUAUUGUAAACAUACUAUACAUAAAAAAUACAUAUAUACAUAUAACAGACAUACAUCUAGCGAAAUAUUUAAUGAAAUUUGAAGAACAGGCUUUAGGUUAUUUCCAUGUGCUUCUGUGUUAACUAAGAUUAGCAGUGAUAAGUAUCAUUGAAACGCUCGACACAUGUAUAAAUAUAUUUGUAUACAUAUAGGUAUAUAUAUAUAUAUAUAUAUCCAUACACAGAUGCAUAUGUGCGUGCUUAAGUGUUUAGGCUUUAGGUGCUUUUUAUACCAUAACAUACAAACCGGACAUUAGUUAGGCCCAAUGAGAAAUAAAAAUGCUUCUGACACAAGAUGGAAAUUUGCAUAAAAUAUAAUAAAUACAUAAUUCAUUUAUUUUGUCAUACGCCGCAAAAAGCAAAGCUCCAAAAGCAAAUACACAGACAAUACGCCCAAAUGCAUGCAAUUUGAUUGUGGACAGAGCAUAUUUUUUAAAUGUUUAUAUAAGCGGAAAAUUUAUAAUUAUAUACAUAUACAUCAAUAUAUGAUAACAUAACAUAUUUAAAUAAGACACAAGGACAGCGACAGCAACAACAACAAAUUUUUUAAAUACAUAUUUUUUUAUAUACAAACAAAACAACAACAAAACAAGGCGACAACAAACUGAAUACUGAAUACACUGAGAAGAAGCACAAACAAUAUUUUUGAAACCUUAGCCUAAGUUCAAAUCGAGCCGAAUACUUUUGUUAGAUUAGUUAAGUGAACAAUAUAAUUAUUUUGAAUGGUUUCACAUAAGGUUUGUGUUUUGAACAAAGUUGUUUUUUUUUGUAAGCUGUUAAGUUGAAGCUUAAGAAACCAACCCAGAGUACAAUCAUUUAUGUCAAACAGACACACACACAGGACUAGAAGCUUAAGGAGCAUCAAUUGCAGGGCCUACAAUCGCACAGCAGGCUACAGAAAAGGGAGAAAGGCAUAAAUCGAGCUAUUUACAGGGACAGAAAUAACAAACAAAAAAACAAAACAACAAAUUUUUGCUACACUUUUUUGAAUUCCACAUUUUACACACGCUAUACUCGUAAAAGUAGUAACGAACUUGAAAGUGAGAUUAGUAACCAGCAGUAACCAGUGCACUCAAAAGCGAAAAAGAAGCUAGCGGCGAACAAGUUAGAAAUUAGAAGUGAGUUUUAACGCGAAAAGUUUAGUUUAAAGGCGGAAAAGUGAGAUUAAAUUCAAAUAAGAGAAACUAGUAUCAAAACAGUGGGGUUAGAAAGAAGGUUAGCGCCGUGUUUGUGAGUUUUAAGGCAAACAAGUGCCGAAUUAGUAAUGUUAGACACAAAAAAUUGAGGUUUUAAACGAACAAGUGAGUUUAAACUCGAUUAGGUAAGACCCACUGCGCUUGCAUUUAAGCUUCAGGCCGCAUAGAGGUAGAUUUAAGGGAGCGAGCUACACCUCACUGCAUCCACUUACCAAUCGACCACCAAAUUCACCACUGACGGCUCCAAGAUGUAUGCAGCCGCCGGUGGCGCCUCGCUGGCCUCGCGCCAAGCUCGUCAACGUCAGCGCCAGCAGAAGAAGAACCAACAACUACAAGCGAAACUCCAUCCACCGAAAGCGCCGGGCGCUGUGCUCGUGGCAGAUGUCAGCGGCGGCGCCUCGACUCCAACACGAAGUCAAUCGCGCCAGUUCCAUCAGCUGCCCACCAGCUAUCUGCGUGCUCCGCAGCCGCAGGGACGCAAGCUUAGUGCCACCUAUACGACGCAAUCGAAGCUCCUACUGCCAAUCGACGAGGGCGAUACCCAGUCCGUGCUGCAGUUGCGCAUGCAUUCGCACUCCCAUCAGCAUCAUGCACACGCGCACGGGCAUAGUCACAGCCACAUGCAUCAUGGUCAUCUGCAAGGUGGCACUGUGGCACCUCCACAGACGCCCUAUCAGCAGUUCGCCUCGUCACACGGACGCGUCUCACCGAAGCUGAUGCAUCGGCACUCGGGCAGCAGUGCCGGUUUUCAUCCGGGAGCUGCAGCUGCAGCGGCAGCAGGAACAGCCGCCGGACAGCUGCACAAAUCGGCGACAGCGACGCUGCCGCUGGUCUCACAGAUGGAGGCCACGCCGCCGACGACGCCAUCGGGUGCGGUCGGCGUUAAAACGACAGCCACGUCGUUGGACACACCGCCGCCAAGCACUAGCGCUUCUGCGCAGGCGGCAGCGGCUGCCGACGAUGAGCUCGCCGGCGCCGCAGCCAUAAUUGUACCCCACCAUGAUGCCAUCAUUGUAACGCCGGCCACGCCAAUGGCCUCGCCGGGUCACGUGGCCAAGCUGAGACGUGGCGAAGAUUUGCCCGAAGGCGCCCCCGAACGCCAACCGCUCACAUCCGGCGCUGCCCUCGAAGAUGGCUACGAUGAGGAUGAACCCAUGCAGCCGCCUACAGGGCCCCUGGAGCGUAAAUGUAGUGUCUAUCGCAUGCGACGCAGCGAUGCUUUCGAGGAUGGGAUGGGCGGUGGUUUUAAACGACAACUGCGCGAAUUGCAGUUCAGCGGCACUGGCCAACAAACCCAAUACGAACCACUCGUCACAGAUGAGCCACAGCUGGUGUUCAAGGGACUCGCCAAUGGACGCAAGUGGCAGUUGUGCGCCUACUGCGAGGAGGGUAUAUGCAUGUGCGAGCACAUUGAGUGCGCACAAGGUCGGGCCGCAUGGCUGGAGCGCGGCCGUCGCUGCAGCGUGCAGGAGCAACAACAACAGCAGGCCACCUGCCAUCGCCGUUGGGUGAAGCGCAAUCGAAUACAAGAUGCCUCGUUGGGUGGAUCCUCGGACGAUGAAGACUUCCUGGGCGUUCUACGUGGUCCCAGCACCUUCGCCAAUGCAUUCCUGUACGUGGGCCUGGGAACUGUGGCCCUCGGCUUGGUCAUCGCUUUUGUCGGCACCGGCGAGAAGGGCUUCAAAACUGUGGAACUAAGACUUAUAGGGCCCUCCCUCAUAGGACUGGGUCUAAUUUGUUGCAUUUUACGCAUUCUCUUCUGCAUCUGUCCAUCGCACUGCAUUUCAUCAAGCAAGAAGACCCGCAAGAAAAACGGAAACAAGAUCGAUGCGGAUCAUACGACUUCAUUGCUGCGUGGCGAGAGCAAACGGGUCUCCAUAGCACGAGGACCCAGCGCACAGCCCAAGUAUCCAAUCGCGCACAAGCGAAGUCAGAGCAAAAUGCUUAAUGAGGGCAUGGAGGCAUUGCGCCAGAUAGCCACGACAUCGCUUUUCAUGCAGAACGAGCAGAAGAUGGCCAUGAAUCGUGUAGUGCCUAUUAUUAAUGAGCCGGAUAGUGCGGAGCACAAAGACGCUCCGCUGGAAAUGAAGAAGCUGCAAACGGCUCUAAAUGUCUGUGAGGUGAGCGAUGAGGAAGAUGUUGCCGAUGAGGAUGAACAACGGCAGCAGCAGCAGCAGCAGCAACCGCAGCAGCAGAGACAACAACAUGUUGCCAAACGUACAACAGCAACAACAACUGCCCUAACGAGUAGUACCACCAAGUCCACAUCAACAACAACAACAACAACAGCAGCAGCAGCACCAGCAGCAAAAGCAAUAACAACAACACUAAGCACCGUAGAUGAGAAACCGGACAGCAAAUUAGUGAGACAGCGUGUGACGCUGCAGCAGCAACGGCAACAACAACAGCAACAACAACAACAACAGCAGCAACAACCUACACAAUCACAAUCGCUGUCCUCCUCCUCCACCGUUAAAGACUCCCUGGAUGGCGUCGUUGAGGAAACUCAGCUCGUGGAACUGCAACGAUUGCCCGUAGCCAGCAGCAGCAACGUUGCAGCGGCGGAGGCGCGACCGUCCAUGCUGAAGAGCAACACGACGGCGUUCAGCAGCACUCCGCAGCGUCCCGGCGUCUCAACGGGCGCCACACCCAAGACUUCAACAGCGCCCACCAGUGGCAGCGGUACGAGCGUCUACACACGUCUGCCCACAUCCCUCUCCCAGCCAAUGAGCUACGAUCUGCCGCCGGCGAUGCCGCACACCUACUCGGCAUCGGCGACGGUUCGCGGACCGCUCGGCAUGUCGCUGGCAGCCUCCACUUCCGCCUACAGCGUCUCUCUGGCACCCAAAGUGACGUCGUCGGCAACAAUGGCGUCCGGCUUUGUGCCGCCCACGAGCACAACAAUAAGUCUGCUGCCGCUGCCAGCGCCCGCAGCAACAACAACAACAGCAGCAGCCAGCAUUCCCGGCCAGGUGUUGGAGGGCACGAGUGGAGCAGCAGCCACAACAACAACUAGAACAAGUCUGAGCAUAGUAGAGCCAUCGGCGUUAUCGUUAUCGUUAUCGCGACCAGCCUCAGCAAUUAAUUAUGCCUCGGCAUCGGCCUCUGCCUCUGCUGCCGCCCACCUGCUGCCCGCACACAAAUCACAGCCGUCGUCCGCUUCGAGCAUGGGGCGUGGCAGUCUGCUGCUGUCGCCCCCAACAGUGAUGUCAACAGUGACGGCGGUUGCGGCGGCGGCAGCGGCCAACAAAUUUGAGCCAGAAUUGGUGCUCAGUCCUGCAAAGCUCGGCCAGUAAAUUUUUAUGGUAUAUGUAUAUGUGUGUGUGUGUGAGUGUGUCUCCUUGUGUGUGUGUGCAUGUGUGCGAGUGUGUGAAUUUAGUUACGAUUUUAGUUAGUUAGGUUGUCAUGCAGCUAUAUCUACAUAUAUAUGUAUAUCUAGUAAUCGUUCAGAUCCCAAUCCUCUAUCUAAGUGUGUCCUUAUAGCAGGGGCGUGUGAUUUGGGGCAUCUGCUCAUCAGAAUGCAACAAACUGCUCCCAUUAGCUAACUUCCGCUCUUCUACCCUAACAUGCAUGUUGAUCGCUGAGGAACAACUC